ACUUCCCUUUUCCUCCGUCCGUUGCUAUUGUGUAUUAACUUCCAGUUUCAGUUUCUUCCAUUUUGCGAAAAUAUUUCUCUGAACUUGCACUCUCUUGUUUGACGCAUUCUGAUUCAUACAACUGAAAAUGUCGCCGCCGAUCCUCUCGUUAGCUCUGCCGUCGGCGACUGGUCGAGUUCUCAGUAUUCAGUCCCACACUGUUCAGGGAUACGUUGGGAACAAAUCAGCUGUUUUCCCUCUCCAAUUAUUGGGCUAUGAUGUGGAUCCAAUAAACUCCGUGCACUUCUCAAACCACACAGGAUAUCCGACUUUCAAGGGCCAAGUUUUGAAUGGAGAACAAUUAUGGGACUUAAUUGAAGGCCUUGAAGAAAAUGAAUUGUUGUACUAUACUCAUCUGUUAACAGGUUAUAUUGGUUCUGUUUCUUUUCUCAACACAGUGUUAAAAGUUGUCGAUAAGCUUCGCUCAGCAAACCCUAAGCUAAUAUAUGUAUGUGAUCCAGUGAUGGGUGAUGAAGGGAAGCUAUAUGUUCCUCAAGAACUGGUAUCUGUAUACCGCAAGAAGGUUGUCCCGGUGGCUUCAAUGUUGACUCCUAAUCAAUUUGAAGCUGAACAAUUGACUGGGUUAAGGAUCCAAUCUGAAAGAGAUGGCAGGGAAGCUUGUAACAUUCUUCAUGCCGCAGGACCUGCAAGGGUUGUGAUUACAAGCAUAAAUAUGAACGGUAAACUUCUUCUCAUUGGCAGCCAUCAGAAGAAUGAGGGCCAGGCUCCUGAACAAUUUAAGAUCGUGAUUCCCAUGAUCCCUGCAUAUUUCACAGGAACUGGAGAUCUUACGACUGCGCUUCUUCUUGGUUGGAGCAAUAAAUACCUUGAACACCUUGAUUUGGCGGCAGAACUUGCAGUGUCAAGUUUGCAGGCGGUUCUGCACAGAACAAUGAAUGAUUACAUAAGUGCAGGACAUGAUCCUAAAUCGAGUAGUUUGGAAAUUCGAUUGAUUCAAAGCCAAGAUGAGAUUCGUAACCCACAAGUCAAACUCAAGGCUGAAAAAUACGAUUGAAUUGGUGAUUCAUUCGAAUAUCUUUCUAGGUGUAUUGAAAGAUGGGCUUGAACAUCUUUAUUUUCGUUUCUUAGCCCAAAAAUUGAAGGUAUAAUAAUAGUUGUACUGAAAACCUGGUUUUAAGUUCACUCUCUAAAAGCUUGGGGAUGAAGGGAUUAAGGUUUGGAAGUAGUUUACACAA